AAUAUACCACGUGGUUUUUACAAAAGCGCACGCGUGACAUGUAUUUGUUGUCAUAACCUUAAAAAAACAUUAAAGUAAAAUGAAAAAAAAAAUGGUUAUGACAAUUCGUCAGAAGUAAUAAAAAAAAAUAAUUAGUUUUUUUCUUAGUGGCAAACCAAAUUUUCCAACUAAAAUAUUUUAUCCUAGUAAAUUACGUUAUAAAUAAAUGAGUUACUAAACCAUUAUUGAUCGAAGAAAUUUUUAUUUGAAAAGAAAAAUAUACUUGUGCCACUCCAAAUAUAUGCUAAUGUUAAUGAUAAAAGUCUGCCUUAAGAAACGAAAAAUCGAAAAAGUAAGUUAAUUUUAAAAAAAGCUGCCUGGUUGCUGUUAAAGACAAUAUGGAUAUUGAUGAAUACGAAUCAUUACCGACAACAUCAGUUGGCGUAAACAUGACUGCCGGUGCUUCUGCUGGAAUCAUGGAACAUUGUAUUAUGUAUCCAGUUGAUAGUGUUAAGACAAGGAUGCAACAGUUGACACCAGAACCAGGGGGAGGCGCCAAUGCACGUACGGUCUUAUUUAAAAUGAUACGUCAGGAAGGAUUACGUAGAUCAUUUCGAGGAGUUAGUGUAAUGGUAGCGGGAGCUGGACCUGCUCACGCCUUGUAUUUUUCAUGCUAUGAAUUAAUUAAAAACCAUAUGGUUAUAAAAACAAAUUCACAAGUAAACUAUCUAGUCUACGGAGCUGCUGGUGCUGUUUCGACUUUACUUCAUGAUGGUAUUAUGAAUCCGGCCGAAGUUGUAAAACAACGAUUACAAAUGUAUAAUUCACCAUAUAGAGAUGUAUUAUCUUGCAUACGCCAUAUAUAUAAAACCGAAGGAAUAUUUGCAUUUUAUCGUAGCUAUACUACACAAUUAGCUAUGAAUGUACCUUUUCAAGGUUUACAUUUUAUAGCUUAUGAAUUCGGACAGUCUAUUAUGAACCCAGAACAUACUUAUAAUCCAAUAGCACACGUUGUUUCUGGUGCCAUGGCUGGAGCUUCUGCUGCAGCAGCAACAACGCCCUUAGACGUUUGUAAAACAGUUCUCAAUACCCAACAAAGUGGAGUUAAAGCGCAAGGAAUGGUUCAUGCUAUUAAAAUAGUAUACAAUUAUGCUGGUAUACCAGGGUUUUUCCGUGGUCUUAGUGCACGGAUAUUUUACCAAAUACCAGCUACGGCAAUUUGUUGGUCAACGUACGAAUUUUUUAAAUACAUCUUAGCACGUAAGCAUGACGAUAUCUGUUUCAAUACAGAAUCAGAUAAAUCAAUAAAUACUUCAAUGCAGCAUCAAUUACCAAUAUCAAGGACUAAUAACCCCACCAGUUUUCCUGGAACAGGUUUAUUUAAUAGUAAAUCAUCAGGACCUGUGUUACUCGAUGUGACACGAAGCUAGAUAGUUAUUAUAUAUCUUAAUAUUGAUUCCCUGUUUUUGUGAAGAAAAAAAGAAUGAAAGAAAUUAACAGCUUACGAUCGUUAAAUUUUAUAUAUCAAGAGAGUUUAUUGAUCAAUAUUUUGUUGAAAAAAAAAUUUAAGUAAAAUCAAAGUGGAUAUACAUCACGCUAAUAAUAACAAUAAUAAUUUGUUACUAAAAAUUAAAAAAAAAAAAAGAAAAAAAAUUAAUGUUAACUAUCAAUUGGUAAUUAAGAAAACGACUGAUGAGCAUGUGCAGGUCACUAUCUCAAAAAAUUAUUAUUAUUAGUGUUUUUUUAAUUACAAAUAUAUGAUGCGUUUUCAAACGAGCAAGUAUUUCGUGAAAAAAAUAUGUGAUUUGCUAUUAAAAACAUUAAAUUAAACAAAAAGUUUUUGUUUUUAUCUACCUAGGAAAAAAAUAAGUUGGAUAAAUAAUUACAAAGUACUGCGUGCUAUUUGUUAAAAAUCAACAAUAAGGUAACAUGCUACGGUCAUUUAUUACAAUUGCUUUGAAUUAAUAAUAAUGUCAAUAACGAUGCUAAAUUGAUAGAAAUACAUGGAUUUAGUCCUUAGGCCACACAUAAAGUUCCUGUAUAUCAUUUAAGGUCGAUUGAAUAUUGUUAAUGUUUUUUUUAUAUAUUUCGGUAUGAGGAAAAUGUAAUCCAUUUUAGCUUUCAAUUCAAAUAUCUUAAUGAUUAUUGAAAAGUUAUGGAUACAUGCAGUAAGAAAGUUUUAGAGAAUAAAAUAAUAAACAGAAAACGGUUUAUUCAAAAGUCUCAAGGACCAAUAGUUAUUGACAAACUCGUUACUUAAAAAAAUAAUAUUAUACAUGUUUGGGCUUUAUUAAAAUGAAAUCAAGUACUUUUUUGUUUUUUAAUAUUUUACGAUUUAGCAAAAAACGAAUCGAAACAAUAUUUGGUUCAAGAGACUUUAAAUAAACUGUAUUCUAGUUAUUAUUGUAUUUUAUUGAUUUUAUUGAGAGUGUAAAAGACAGACAGUGGAGGUAAGUAAGUGCGAGAAGAAAGUUACGCGAGUUGCGUCAUUUUGAACUUGCUCGUUUAAAUAACUCAGUAAAUAAACAAAAUGUGAAAAAAAUUGUAGAGACGUUUAUUCCAUGUGAAUCUCAGAAUAUUCAAACGACCUAAAAAGUCAUACAGAGCCCCUAUGUGUGGCCCAAGGAUUAAUUAACAUAUGUACAUUUAAAAAAUGAUUAUUGCUACUUUACAAUAUUAUUAAUUUUCAUUUUAUUGUACGUAAUAAUUUUGUAAAUAUCUAUUAGUUGUUAGCUUAAUUAAUGAGACCUCAAUGCUAAAAUUUCAUUUAAAUUGCAUUUUUUUUCUUAUUAUUAAUUAUGAUUGGAAAGUUCACAAAAAGAAAAACUAUAACGUCGAUUUUAAACCGCACAAACUGAAGUCAUAUGUGGAUUUCACAGAGUUACACUGGUGGGUAAAAUUUGAUAUUAGUGUUAUUAACUUAUUAUUUAUAAAAAGUAAAACAAUAUUACCUAAUUAUAACAAGAUUCUCCAAAAUAUUUAUAUUAAUUUUAAAUUAAUAAAAGCUAUGAAUGCUAUUUGAAAAAAUGCAAUUGCUGCUUUUACACGAUAGAGGUGAAUUUUAUUCAACUAAUAGAAAUUGUGCCAGGUAUCACUUUUUAUCAAUAUUAGAAGAAACUUUAAAUUGGAGUUUUUUUUCUCAUUUAAUUUUAAAAGUAAAAAUUGAUUUUUAUUUUUUAAUAUUAAAACAAAAAACAUGGAUCAUAUUUUUGUUAUCAAUAUUGCUUCUUUAAGGCUGUGAUAACUGUCAUUUUGAUGGAUGAUAUUGACUUAGAGAGAAAGUAAUAUCAUAAAAAAAUAAAAGAUCAGAUUAAUGUAUACUAUUAAAUACUAUUUUGAUCAAAGAAAGUUUUAAUACAAAAAUGUUGAAAUUUCUACUUUUUUUUUUUUUUUUUAUUAUAGUAUUCCUCCAGUAUUAAUCUG